CCGAUGUUCCCACUAUAUCUCCUUCCCAGUUUCAGCCUACCGUUUCGUCGCCGGCGCGCGUCCAUCUCACCAGCGGCGCCUCCCGUCACCGCCCAAGCUAUCACCUACGGCAGUCCUCCCCAAUCCAAGAAGCCGGGCCCAGCUGCCCUUCCACCUAGUUCUAGGCUCUCCCGCGCCCAGCCUGACACGCUCCGCUGCGGCACCUGCUCCACCGACGUCGCCUUUUCCUCGCAGAUCGUCAGUAAGGGCUUCACGGGCCGCCACGGUCGCGCAUACCUUGUCGCUGCCGCUCCGGGCAGCGUGACGGAAGCAGACCUGAUCAACAUCCGCGUCGGCCGCUCCGAGAACCGCCAGCUGGUCACCGGCGCGCACGUCGUGGCCGAUAUCAGCUGCGCCAUGUGCGGCACCAAGCUGGGAUGGAAGUAUGUUGACGCGCGUGAGUCUGCGCAGAAGUACAAGGUCGGCAAGUUCAUCCUCGAGACGCAGCGCGUGGUGGCGCACCACGGCUGGGAGGAAGCCGCUGCUGCCAGCGGCGGUGGUAGCCGCAAUGGCGACGAUGACAGCGGCGACGAGGUGAUUGUGUUUGACUCGGACGACUCGGACGAGUGCGAGGACAUCUUUGCCGGCGUGUGGGACGCCGACGUCGUCGCCAAGCGGCGGAGG